AUGGCACCUAUCGGUAAAAUCUACUGUUAUCCUAAUAAUCCUCGUGUCUUCAAGAUUCUUAUUGCCGCACAAUAUAAUGAGCUUGAAGUAGAGGUUGCCGAAUUUGAACUCGGUACAGAUAACAAGAAACCGGAAUUUUUGGCAAAAUUCCAUAAUGAAAAAGUUCCUGCUUUUGAAAGUACCGAAGGUAGCAUCUACCUUAAUGAAUCCGGAGCAAUUGCGUAUUAUGUUGCUAGUCAAAAAGAAGGUACCCAGCUGCUAGGAAAGGACAAAACAGAAAUCUCACAAGUUUUACAAUACAUCCUCUUUGCCGAAAAUGAAAUUACUCCUCACGCUAAUACUUGGGUUAACCCAAUUUUAGGCAUAACUUCAUAUAAUAAAGCUGCCCAUAACCAAGCAGUAGAUGGCUUGAAAAAAUCCUUGGGUAUUUUGGAAAAGGUCUUGUUAAAUAAGACUUUUUUGGUCGGUGAAAGAAUCACAUUGGCAGAUAUUGCUGUUUCAACUUCCCUUUAUUUGCCUUUCAAGUUGGUAUUGGAUGCAGAAUUCCGCAAGAACCACCAAAACCUUAGUCGAUGGUAUAAUACACUUAUCAAUCAACCUGCUUUCAAGAAGGUAUUGGGUGAAAUUACCCUUGCAGAAGUUGCUGUUGCAUAUACUCAUUUUUUGGAUCCUAGUCCAUUGAAUUUGGAAGAGUGGAAACGGGUUUAUUCUAACAAUGACACUCGUCCAACAGCCAUUAAUUGGUUCUGGGAAAAUUUUGAUCCGAAAGGUUAUUCUAUUUGGCGUGUGGAUUAUAAGUAUAACGAAGAAUUAACCAAAGUAUUCAUGAGUUCUAAUCUUAUUGGUGGUUUCUUCAACCGAUUGGAAAGAGCUCGUAAAUACGCAUUCGGAAGUUUAGUCGUUUUGGGCGAAGACAAUGCAAAUUCAAUUUCUGGUUAUUUUGUAAUCCGUGGACAAGAAAUACCAGAGGAAGUGAGUGAUGCUGCGGAUUACGACAGUUAUAACUUCCAAAAGGUAGAUCACACAGAUUCUGCAGUUAAAUCAAGUUUCGAAGAUUUUAUUGCUUGGGAUGGGCAUCUCGAUGGCAAAAAAUUCGCAGAUGUUGAAGAAAAAAUCAUGUCUGCGUCAAAUUCAUCACAGAAAGACGUAUCUAUUGCUUACUUUGGACCAGUAGGAUCAUAUACGCAUCAGGCUGCACUUGAAAAAUUUGGUGAUAGCGUGAGCUACUUUCCUCAGUCCACCAUAAAUGAUGUCUUUGAUUCUGUCGAAAAUGGACGUGUUACUUAUGGAAUUGUGCCUUUUGAAAAUUCAACAUACGGGUCAGUCAUAUCGACUUUAGAUAGGUUCAUUACUUGUAAGACGCAGAUAUUAUCCGAGACGUAUUUUAAGAUAAAUCAUUGUCUUCUUUCAAAAUCCAAUUUCUCCACUUUAAAUAAGGUGUAUAGUCACCCACAGGGAUUUGGACAAUGUCAAAAUUACCUUGAUACGCAUCUUAAAGGCGUCCAACGCGUGGAUGCAAUGUCCACAAGCAAGGCCGCAGAAAUAGCGGCAUCAGAACCUUACUCUGCGGCAAUUGCAAGUGUCGUUUGUGCCGAAUUAUAUGGAUUGGACAUAUUAGAGAAGGAUAUACAAGAUGCAAAAAUCAAUAUCACGCGAUUUUUCAUCCUUGGAUCUUCAUCUGAUAUACCUUCCGAUGAUGAUAAGACUUGCAUACUUUUUACAGUGGAUCACCGAAAACCUGGGGCGUUGUGUGACGCAUUAAAUAGUUUUAAAAGCCAAGACGUUAAUCUGAUAAAGAUCGACUCACGUCCAUCUUUACAACGACCUUGGCAUUAUGUAUUUUUUAUUGAAAUACAAGGACAUAAAGAAGAUGAACAAGUUCAGAAGGCAUUAAGUCAACUAAAUGAAUGCUGCUUAGACGUUAAAUUAUUAGGAAGUUAUCCUAAUCAAAGACCAAACUUUCUUGAAGAAGAAAUUAAGUCUCUCACAAGUCAAAUGGCGAUGCAACUUAAAGACAAAGUGGGUUUCCGAAAUUAUCCGUCACUUAGCCCAGAACAAGAAUUACAUCGUAUAUGGAAAUUGGUUAUGUCGACAACGAAAGAAAAACGAAAAGUGUCACAAGUGGCAAAGUCAAGAAUCACUCAAGAAUUAUCUAACACAAUCAUUAUAGAGUAUUUGGCAAAUGGAAAUGUCGGCAUUGCAGCAAUAAGUGGAGAAGCGCUCAUACCUGGAUAUCGCUUUAAAAGUUUAUAG